AUGAAUCUUCAAGAAGCCGGAGCCCAUCGAAAAAUGCAAAUUCAAGAGCUUGAGGAGAUUCGACAAGAGGCAUACGAGAAUGCGAUACUCUACAAGGAAAAGACAAAAGCCUUUCAUGAUAAUCACAUCUCCAGAAAAUUUUUGAGAUUGGACAGAAAGUCUUAUCACUCUCGUCUUAAGCUUUUCCCUGGAAAGCUGCGCUCUAGGUGGAUAGGGCCCUUUAUCGUUACUAAACUUUUUCCUUAUGGUGCAGUGGAGAUUCAGAGCUUAAGGACGGAGAAAAAUUUUGUGGUCAAUGGACAUCGUCUUAAGUCAUAUUACGAGGGAUUCCCAAUUGAAUCUAUAGAGUUGGUGUCUCUCGCUGAUGUCGAAGUUGAGGACUGA